ACUUCUCGACGCGGAGAAAGAAUCGGUUUUCAGGUCUCUCUUGCGUAGCGUUCACACAGAAAAACCCCGUAUGUGACAUAUUGAUUCGUCUCAUUUCAUUCAAAAAAUGGUUGUGCUCACGUCGGACGUUGUCUACAGCCGUUUACAGGAUUUUCAGGUGAAAAAUCCGACACAAGAAGCGAUAGAGACAAUGUCGAUGUGGAUUAUGCAUUAUAAAGACAAUGCUUCAAUAGAUUUGAUAGUUGAUGGAUGGCUAAAUUGCUUCAAAACUGCCGGAACAGAUAAUAAACGAAUUGCAUUAUUCUAUGUUAUGAAUGAUGUGGUCCAGAAAGCAAAAAUGAAGCACGCUGAUACACUUAUUCCAGCUUUUCAACCAGCAGUUCUCACCGCAGUUGGCAUCGGAAGAAAACAAGAUAAAGUAAAAGCAGUUAUGAAGAGAUGUAUUCAAAUCUUCAAAUCAAGAAACGUUUUCUCACCUGCGAGUACAACUGCAAUGGAGAAUUUGCUCGCAUCCGAUGCAGAUGAAGGAUACGAAGCUGAGGAUCAAGCACUUGAAGUCGAUUCAGAUGAUUUGGUGAAGAAAAUAACAAAUUUCAUUUCGGCUCGAAAUGUGGUUGCCGACAUGAUGAAGUGUGUGAAUGAAGGGAAUUUUGAUUACAAAGAGAUGUGCAAGCAUGGAAUGAGAGAUCGAGAAGAAGGUGGGCAUAUCCUGCACGAAGUUCAUGAAGCAAUUGAUACCAUGGUUCAAGUUCGCCAUUCCAUGGAAGAUCAGAAGAAGAAAAUGAUGGCUUUAUCAGAAACUUUGGAACUUGCCAAACGUGUUUUCCUUCAUCAAAAGCGAGAAGUUCUUGUUGUGGAAGAAGCUUAUGUCAAUUUUCGCGAUGGAAUCAAAGCUGUGCACACCGAAUUGCUCGAUAUGGAAGCGAAAAAAGUUUAUCCAGGACUAUUAUCUCCUAGAAAUGAGGACGAUCGCCAAACAUAUGGCAGAAGUAACAAUCGCUCAUUAUCACAACAAUGGGGAGACAAUCGUAAUCAGAUAGACAUGGAAAUGGAUGAAGAUGAACGCCCACAAGCUCCAAUGAUGAAGCCAUCAUUACAAGCUCUUGUUGGUAUUGCAUCUCAACCAUCACUACAAUCAAGAAUCAUGCAGCUGGGGCUCAAAAAAAUCGCCAAUGGAGAUGAGGAAAUGUUCCAACCAACAACGACAACCACAGCUGAUACUCCAUUGCCGUCAACGUUUCAACCACCACCAUCUAAACCUGCUGUCAUCAAUGCGAGUAAAUUUUCAAUGCCACCCCCAGCCAUUACAUCUGCACCUCUAUCCGAUCCUCGGAUUCGGUCAGAUGGCGAAGGUCCAUCCCAAUAUGCAAUCGCACUAAAACAACAUGGUCUUCCACCUCCAACAGGGCAACAACCUGUUCAGAAUAGAAUGAAUGCACCACCUCCAGCACAACCAUCUCCGUAUCAGGCGAUUCCUCAAAAACCAGUUGAACAAACCGUGUAUCAGGGACAGUUUGGUGGAGCACGAGAUCCAAGAUUAGCCAAUUCUGUUACUCCACAAUCUGUAGCAGUAGCACAGCAACCACCUAUCACAGGAUACCAAGCUCAGUACGAGCAAAUACGGGAUCCAAGAAUAUUGCAACAAGCUGCACCUCAGCAAGGAUAUCAAGCAACAUUUGAAGUUCAAAAGCCACAACUUGUGUCACCACAAAUACAAAAUAAUGGAUAUCAAGCUAGAUUCGAGCAAUCACAGCUCUCGCCGUCAAUUCCUCAACAUCAACCAGUGGGUCAAUACCAUCAACAGAAAAAUACAUACUGUCAGCCACCUCCACAACAUCAUCAAUAUCAACAGCAAUCUCAACAAUCACACGGAUAUUCUUCAGAUUAUCAUUCUGGAGACCGCAGAGACGAUCGUGGAAGAGAUAAUUAUCAAAACAGUCGGUAUGAUGAUCGUAGAGGAUCAAGUGCUCCGUACAAUAAUCAACGGGGUGACAGAUGGCGAGGUAGUGGCUCUCAUCAUAACGAUAGAAAUCGUAAUAGUGGACGAGACAGCUGGAGAGGCGGAAAUCAUCGUUCUGGUGGUGGUUAUCAUAGAUACUAGAUUACAAGUUCCAAUUAGUUCCAAAUUUGCCAAAUAUACGCAUUUACCAAAAACCUAAUCUCAUUGUUUAUCUCCUUACUCUCCGAGUUUUGUUUCCUGUUGACUUUUUUUCAAAUUCGAAUUUCCUUCACAAGAUUCUCAUUCACUGAUUUUCUCUGAUUUCAAAGUUUUGCAUCUCUUCUUUACCCUUGAAAUUUUCUAUGUAAUCACCUGGGUUAUAUCUACCUCUGUCUUAUUUUCCCACAAUAUUUUGUGCCUCCUUCUCCUUUUUUCAUUGUACCUGACUGUAUUACAUAAGGUUUACACUUAUAAUAAAUUGGAAACAUUUU